UAUAUAAUAUUAUAUAUGUAUGCGAUGUCUGUGCUUUAACUUAGGGGAUAUAUACAGAGGAGUUGCUUGGAAAAAAUGGUGUGCGAUGAGAGCAGUAGUGUAGACUGUUUUAAACAAAAGGGAGAGACCAUGACAUGUGCACAGUGAAAUGGACUUUGUUUUGUUUACUAGGGUUUGGUGAGGAGAGAAUCUAAAACGUAGGCCCAGAUUGUUGGCCCAAAUGUUCUUAUCAGAAUUGUCUCCACACACACACACACACUCUCUCUCUCUCUCUCUCUCUCUCUCUCUCUCUCUCUCUCUACUUGUAUAUAUAUAUGCAGUCGCUCACUCUGCCUCUGCUUUGCAAGUAGAGAAAGCUUGGUGUCAGGGAUUAAUAUAGAGAGAGAGAGAGAGAGAGAGAGAGAGCGUGAUCUCUACUAGUGAUUGUGUUUAUGUGUGUGAGCGUGUGUGUGUUUCACAUACAUGGGCCGAGGGCGAGCUCCGUGUUGUGCGAAGAUUGGAUUGAACAAAGGCUCAUGGACGCCGGAGGAGGACAUGCGGCUCAUAGCCUACAUUCACAAGUUUGGGCACGGCAACUGGCGUGCUCUGCCCAAACAAGCAGGUUUGCUUCGAUGCGGGAAGAGUUGCCGCCUGAGAUGGAUCAACUACCUUCGACCGGACAUCAAGCGCGGGAACUUCACCCAAGAAGAAGAGGAGACGAUAAUAAAGCUGCACGAUUUACUUGGAAACAAAUGGUCGAAAAUCGCAUCUUGCCUACCAGGGAGAACUGACAACGAGAUUAAGAAUGUGUGGAACACGCACCUGAAGAAGCGAUUGGCAUCAAGAGAUCACAAUAUUAAGAAGAGCAAGCAAAAAGAGGCCACGAGCCCCUCCUCCUCUUCUACAUCCACAUCUUGUUCCGAUCAAGGCGGGACGAAAUGUGAUGGUGAUGGUCCGAACCCAAAACCUGAUCCAAUGAAUCCUACUCUUGAGAAAUUUGAGAUUCCUAUUGAGCACAACACCGACACAUGGGGCAUGCUGGUGGAUCCUAUCUCAAGCCAACCUGAGGACACCGAUACCGGAAACAUGCGUAGCACUAUCCAUAUCGAUUCGACUUCUCUAUCAGUGUCAUCAUGCUCGUCAUCGUCGAAUUCCUUCGAAACAAACUCUGAUACAAGCAAUGAAGCGAGAGGAGCCCUUCAUUAUAUUGAAAUGGAAGAAGAUGAGAAAGAUCCCCUCGAGAUUCUGGAAAUACCCAUCGAGCCCGAGUUUUGGACCAUGAUCGAAGACGAACAUGCGAGGCUGUAUAGUCAGGAAAUGGGGCCCACGGAGGAAUUUGGGUCUAAGGGGAAUCCGGCAGCGUCCGAAGGGAAUGAAUCAAACAGUUGUGAAGUCAACGGGUGGUUGGAGUACUUAGAAAAGGAGCUCGGGUUGGGAGGAGGACCUAGUGAAGAGAACCAAGAGAGCUUAGUUGGUUCUUGGACUGGUGAAAUGGAGGGAGAUCCGGUGUCCAGCUAUUUUCAAAAGGAGCCCUCGAUCUCCACCCUCACCGUAUUGUGAUGUAUAUGACUUGAAAGUGGUGUCCUAAUACAGUGUAUUGCAUUGAAAGGAACGUAGGUUAGAUACGGCACAAAAAAAGGGCUAGUUAGCUAGUUCUGGAGGGCCUAAAAAAAAUGAGCUCCUAACUGGAGUGUUAUUGUUGGGUGUCAAAACUGUAGGUACUAAAUUUAGUAUUAAAGAAUAUAAAUGGAAUAUGUAUCGUCAGUUCGUCACCAUAUUCCUUACUGCAGGCCCAUGAUUUGUGCUCAUGGGGUUGUCAGCACCGAAUCGCUAAAACCGAGUUUAAGAUAUAACGGCAUCAAUUGUGCCCAUAUUAGAUAACGCAGGUGUGAUUUGUUAUUGGGAUACCAAAUGAAGUUUUGAUAUUAAUUUCUAA